AUGUGCGCAAUUGUAUCCAUCCCCUUGGCCUUUAACUCUCAAGCUUUCUCGACGAACCCUGGGAGAUUUUUCUGGGAACAAGUGGGAGUAAACAUUCUCGGAACAGCAAAGAGAAUAGCUUUUAUCGGAAAUCAGUUCGGACACAUAGAUUGUUUCAAUCUCAUUGGAAGAGUCGAAAAAGAAGACGAUAUGGAAAACGACAUUGACGAGGAUAUUGGCAGAGAAGCAUAUGGUGGGUGGGAGGGGAGAUAUGGUCAUAGUGCAGAAUUUGUCAGCUUUCCACUACGCAUCUUGUUUACAAUGGGGUCUUGGUGCACUUGGGAGAAUCUUGGAGUAAAGGGAAUGGAGGAUGGAAUGAGGAUUAUGAAGUUAGCGUGA